AAUCCGGAUCCGUAUAGAACGCAAUAGACCCAAUAGAUGCAAUGGGACGGUCACACACAGGAACCAACCCCGUACCGAUCAAAACUGUCAUGUUAUUACCAUACAUGUCCAUGUUAUUACCAAUGAUAUAUCAUCGGCUUUCAUCGCUCGGUUUGGAUUCGGUUACGCACAAGUGACUGUGACGUUACAAUGCGAUUCACUAGUCGGUCAUUGCUUGUAAUAGCUGCUGUCGAAAGUGUCAUUCAUCACGGUCUACUAGUGUGUAUAGUUUCGACGGCUAUUGUUUCUAUUGACGAAAUGAAGUUAUAUACACAGAUACGACAGAAGAGAUUCUACGGAUUUUGACACCGAAUGGAAGAAAUAUCAUUAAUAAAGAAGUGAGGCUCUCCGAUUCUCCUGACAGAGAAAGGAGGAAAUUAUUAGUUCAGCGACGGACCAAAAUAAAAAAAGAUCGGGAAGCUAUAAUCCUUGAGGUUAUAUUAUAUAUUGCGGACGAACUCUCUCCAUGUCAUUGUGUUCAAUGCUGGGAAGUUACGUACCAUCCAGCAACGCCAACCAACCGCAGAUAAAGACGUUUCGUCUGUUACUGGGACAGGACGAGAGUAUGACUUUAUACUGCCGCUAGAGCAUGAUUGUAGAUGGGAAACUUGGUAAUCAUUGGCUUUAGUGCUCUACGAAACACAAUCAGGAUGCCGUUUGGGUGGAUACAGAGGUUGCGGGAUAGGAUUAAUCCCCGAUCUGGAGAAUCGACACCUUCAACGACGCAGGACAUCAUGGAAGGGGUUCCUGAUAAUCUCCAGGAACACUUCAACGUGAUCGUCAAUGCUGUCAACCACGUUGAGAGCUCUUCGGACAUCCUCAGUAGUACCUGUCUGAGUGGCAUGGUCUUGGUCAAAGAGACGUCUGGCAACUCUGCUCUUGAUCAGGGCAGGCUCGGUGACCUGAUGGCGGACCGAACGAACUUCUCCCGUAUGUUUGUAUCGUGCUGGAAAAAGAAGAAUCUGUUGCAGAUGUUCAUCAAUGCUUCAGACACUGACACAUUGGUCAAGGAGGCGCAGCGGUCAUUUGACUUCUACCGGGCUCUGGCAGGAAUCUCCUGGAACUACACCGACGAGUCGGAUGCAAUUUGCCUGAAGCUCGAGGAAGAAGGUGGACUGGCAGUACUGGUUGACUGGAUGCUGUCCUUUCAGAGCACCGCCUUGAACAAAUGGGCCACAGAGAUAGUCUUCAACGUGCUAAACAUCCUGCACAACUGCUGUAGGAGGAUCGACGACAUUCGAAGGAGCUACCGACGGAUCGUCCCAGCGUUGGAGAGGCUGUCCACUUCAGAAGACCUGAUCGUCCAAGCGUGUGCUUUCAUGACUCUCUCCUACAUGGUGGACAAAGAGGAAGCCGAUAAGCUCACCACCAAUGCUGCCUGCGUGGACAACCUGCUGACCCUUCUCAAGAAGUCUCUGGAGAACGUCGAGCACAAGAUCCGGAUCACCCGGGAAACUGGUACAGACGCCUUCAGAAGAGGCUUUUCUCUGUCUUCCAUCGAGCUCGUUCAGGGUAUCGAACAACUUGCCAUCAAUGACGAGAACAAACGCCUUAUCGCCGAGACGGAUGGCAUCGCAAUCCUAUCUAGGAUGCUGGAAAUGGAUUGUACAUCUCAAGAGAAAAGACAUGCAGCAGAAGGUAUCUGGCAGCUUGCAUUUAGGCAGGAGAACAAGGAUAAACUACGAGAAGAGCACGACGUACUCAAAGAACUAAUAGCCCUGUCAUGUGGACCCGACCCUGCCCUCAAUCGAGCUUGCAAGGGAGCGCUAUUCGAAAUCUACAGCUCCAAACUUCCCGAAGAGGUGACCACACCAAAGACAAGUACAGCCUCACAGACGCCCUCUACGACGACUGAAAAACCAUCGCAGCAUAUCAUGAUAAGCUACAGAUGGGAACAGCCUUCAAAGUCUGUCAUGAGCGAGAUCAAGAACCAGCUGAAAAGCAAGGGUUAUAAUGUAUGGAUGGAUGAAGAUAAAAUGAGUGGAGAUAUAAUUGAGAAGAUGGCAAAUGCCGUUGAGAACUCCUACCUAAUCCUUGCUUGCAUCACCGAGGGCUACCAAGAAAGCAAAAACUGCAGAACAGAAGCUACGUACGCCUAUGACUGCAACAAGCGCAUUGUCCCUGUCAAGGUGAACGAACUAUUCAAGGCGAGAGGCUGGCUGGGAGGUAUAACUGCCGGAAAGAUCUACUACCCUGUCCGUGCUGUAGACGAGGUGCCCGAACAGCUUCCAAGGAUCAUUGAGCUAGAGAUUGAGGAGGAGCUGCAGAAGAAUCCAGAUGCCCAAGCAGGUGCACGAAUCAGCGGCCAAGUUGAAACGGAACCGGAAGUCGAUAGCUGGGAUCCGCCGAAAGUCCGCCAGUGGCUCACAUCCAACGGCGUCAGCUCAACAAACGAGAGUUUGCAGAACCUUACAGGGUUGCAAUUGCUGCAGUUAAAGAAGCAGCUCGCAACGGCUCCAGAUACAUUCUACCAAUCAAUGAAAGAAGAUCUGAAGGUCCCCUAUAUGGAGGUGCUCUCCCUGGCCGCAGCACUGGAGAAGCUGUGAAAGGAAUAACCUUGUGAUCUAAACUUCAUGUAUUGUGAAUCAAAGGGACCGUAAUCUCAAGUUUGGUUUAACCAAUGCCAUGGUCUAAGAUUGAGCAAAAAAUUAUUGGAAUUGAAAAAUAUAAAAAUGAUGUUGGCAUUGUUUGUUUCUAAUUUUUUAUUAGGCCAUUUUUUCGUGAUUUAAUGGUAAAGGAGAUAAUUUGUGCUAUUAUUCCCAGACAGCUGUGGAUGAAAUGAGUGCCAAAUGUGUUGAUUAUUCGAAUCUCUGCUGUUAAAGUUCUGUCAGUGUCGCACUUAAAGAGCUUACUUUAAACCCGAGUUCAGAGCAUACUGGGCAAUUGAGUUUAUGGCGAUAGAUAUGUGUAUUUACAAAAUUUACUAUCAAGCAAUAAUUUUAGAAUAUGCAGACGUCAUGUUUCAAUGAUUAUGAAGAUAGUCGAGAAAAAAGUGUUAAGUGCCUGGACUAGUGUUUCUCUUUCUGGCCAGAGUUUCGAAAACAUUCCAUUUUAGCGGGUAGAUAGGGAUGGCUAUUUGAACUCAGUGCUAGCAAAUCUCGAAUAAUUUUGGUUAAUCAACAAAAUAUGACCAACGGCUUUAGGUAUUUUAUGGGGACCUGGUUAUGAAGAUUUAUUUUAGCAGCAUAGGCCGAAAAUGCAUCGACUUUAUUUAGAAUUCGGAUCGCUGGAUGACCGGACAACCGCUUAUUGAAAAUCGCUUAUAGUGUACCUGUUGGAACGAACACGGUGUCACACUGUGUUUACAUACUGGACUACGUGAAAAUAUUAUUCACAGUGUUAACAUACCCAAAUUCAACAGUGUGACGAUACUUUCACACUGUAGACACCUCAAAAGUGCUACUGUUCACAGCUUGUUCACAUGGUCAACUAAUAUGUGAACCACAGUGAUGAAAUUCUCUCAAUAUGUUCCACAGUGUGAACACACUGUGGAACACCAUAUGGGAAACUGUGUUCUUUCCAACAGAUGUGGUUUCCUUAAACAUUUAAAGUAUUGUAUAGAUGAGACGAGAAACACAACCUGCAUGUAUAUGUAAAGUUCGUGGUGGCUACGCGAGGGGGGUGUCAGCAGAAAAGCUACAUGGCAAAUACUGCGGUGUCAAUUAAUUCAUACAGAGAGGACCACAUCUGUCAUUACUCUGGUGCUGAAUCUACGGUGUUAGUUCAACACUCAAAGGUUUUAUUACAAUACACUCGGUUGCUACACUCUAAAAAACAAAUCAGUAAAACAUGACUAGUUAAUAUGGUCAGCUGGGUGCAACUGUUAUUCUAGUCACACUUGACUAUUUCUAGUCGUAUUUUACUAGAACAUAGUUAUUUCUGACUAGAACAUAUGUCAGAAAUGUCACAAUACAUAUCAGUUGCACCCAGCUGACUAAUGGUCUAGUCAAUUUGGCUGAUUUGUUUUAAGAUGUACAUUCACACUGACAAAAUGUUAUUGUCAAAAUAGCAGAAAAAAUAACAUAAAAAAUAAAAAUAGUGGUGAAGGUUUGAGGCAAAUCCAUCGAAGAAUUAACAAGUUAUUGGAGUUUUAAUUUUUGAUUUGUGAUAUCAUAUGUGAGCAGUGUUCCCACAUAAUGUAUGGUAUAAAAUAAAAGAAAUAUCAUUAACUCAUAAAAUUGAAAAUAAACUUUGUUGUACCUUCAGUAACUCGAUAGACAAAUCAGUUCAAGCCCGCUCCAAAAAAAAUAGUCAUCACAAAAGAAAGCUCAAAUUCUAAUUAUUUUCUUAAUCUUUGAUGGAUUUUCCUCAAACCUUCACCAAUAACUGAAUAAGCAUUAUUCUUGCUUAUAUAGCGCUUAACAUUAAUUUUCUUACUUAUACUUACGUCUUACUUUACCCUAUAGAUUUACAUCAAUUCAGUAUAAUAACCCUUGCUUUUAGAGCAACUUUUACGCGCUCAUUCGUUUCAAGAAAUAAGUUCCUGUCGUUACCCAUCUACCAAUCACCUGGUUGAGUGCAGCACAAUGUGGGAAAAUUUCCUAUUAUAUUUAAUACUUAUUAAGUUUCUGCUAUUUUUACAACAAACUUUUCGUCAGAAAGAACUUUCUGUUAUACUGUUAUUCUGUUAACUCUCCCUGGUAUAUGUUAAAACUUAAAUUUGAAGUUUUGACGAUAAAUUGUACAUUGUAGUCAAUGCAAUCAAUCGUAUAAGUGGUCUACGAUGAUUAUUAAGAUUUGUCUACAGUUUUUCAUGAAAGCACGGGGUUCUCUGCUUUACAUGAAAUCCAAUAAGUUUAUUUAAAGACAUAUAAAGCAUUAGUUUAGCUUAAGAAUAAUUCGUUAUGUUUCAUUUCGUAUCUCCAGAUCUUUAUUUUGUUGAAAAAUUUGAUUUUUGACCUAUGUAUUUUUGUGUUUGAUGGACAUUGUUAUCAUGAGCUUCAUAAUUGACAUUAAUUUGUUCUUGAUGGUAAUACCAAAAUGUUCCAAUUUCGAUACUUGAGUUUGUAUAUGUGUCAUUAAGCUGAAUGAAGAUAUCCAAGAGCAUUCCAAUUUACGAUCUGUUUGUGGAUCUCACUGAAAUAUAUUUUAAUAAAGUUCUUAUUUGCAACAAAA